UUCGUGCGCGCGCGUGUGUGUGUGUGUACUCUGGUAUUUGUAUGAUGUGGGGACAGAUGUAUUUACCUACAUUAUAAGGACUUGUCCCCCAAACAAAACAGCUCCUUGCACAACUUUUUAAUGUUUUGAGAUUUUAUGUAAAAGAUCAACACAAGUAGUGGGAGGGAAAUUAUACAUUUGUUUUACUAUCCCCAGUAAUAAAAUAAACCUCAAGAAGUUAGCUUCAGAAGUCGUCCAGUUAGCAAACAAAGUCUGUUGAGUGAUUAAAUAUCAAUAGACUGCUGCUGUGUGAAGGGUUGGUCUGUGAAAAUAGAUGUUUACAGAAGCUCUCCAUCCAAUCUGAAGGAGCUGGAGCUCAAAGUUUCAUGUUUUAGAUGUCCAGCAGCUCUAGAAACAAACCCUAAAAAACUAGUUUUCAAGCUGGUCAUCAGCAUUUCCCCAGUUUUGCUUUACAUUUUGAUUGUGUUGAUUUUCUAUUACCAUUUUCAGGCUGGUAAUCCCCUAACUCUUUUUCAUAAGUCAUAAGAUAAAAAGGCUCAUAAGCUGAAGAAAUUAACCAAAAGCCAAUUUUAAGCUAGAUUUGUAUACUCUCUAAAACCCCAAAGAUAACACUGUUUAUUAUUUUAGCUCCAACAAAAUGAUUAUUAUUAAGUUACUUGGUGAAAACUUGGACUACAACUUAAGAAUGAUGCAUAUUUUAUGGAUUUUGGACAAAAAUAAAUAAAAAACAGGAAACAUCUGAAGCCAGAGCGAUUGAUCAGCUGCUUCACUCAAGACUUUUGCUUCAUUAAGUUAAAAACGGCAUCAGCAAGAACAUAAUGAGACCAUUAAGCCAGUUGAGUCGGUGUCCUCCUCUGACCCUGGCGGUGUUUCAGUCAGAGACGGAUGAGGAGAAAAGGGAGACGGUGACCAUAGCAACCGCCUCUCAUCGCCUUUUGGCGCUGUUGAGUCACGCUGUGUCCGUUUCCAUGGCGAGCCGCCUCUCUCUCCACCCCCCCUUGUCAUCCCGUCUCUGCUGCCUCACAGAUCCAGGGUCAGGUGACCCCGCACGCCAUCGUGGUCCUGCCCAAGACGGAUGGCAUGGAGAUGCUGCUGUGCUACGAGGACGAGGGCGUCUACGUCAACACCUACGGCCGAAUCACCAAAGACGUGGUGCUGCAGUGGGGCGAGAUGCCCACAUCCGUCGCCUACAUCCACUCCAACCAGAUCAUGGGCUGGGGCGAGAAGGCCAUCGAGAUCCGCUCGGUGGAGACGGGACACCUCGACGGCGUUUUCAUGCACAAACGAGCUCAGCGCCUCAAGUUCUUGACGGAGAGAAACGACAAAGUUUUCUUCGCCUCGGUCCGCUCUGGAGGCAGCAGUCAGGUUUUCUUCAUGACCCUGAACAGAAGCUCCAUGAUGAACUGGUAACCUGCCCCGCCCCCCGCUGGGAGCCACGCCCCUUCGCCGGAGGGACGAUGGAGGACGGUGUUUGUGCGUGUUUAUAUGUGUGUGUGUACUCGUGGACGACGACGACAACAAGCUGCUGACUGGACUGCACAUCUGGAGCAGGUGCUAACCCACAGCAGAGCGUCCCUACUUAGACAUCCUCACGCUGUAGGGGGCGCUGCAGGUCCUGUGGUUGGUGUGACUGCCUGCAGAGCGAAGGUGACCCCACAAGGUCGGCGCUUUGGCCUGCUGGGCCGGACUGAGGGUGGAUCUGGAGCCUUUAAGGAUCUGACCAGUAGCCUUUGAGUGGGGAAGCUCUUUGUGUAGCACAUCAGUGACUUUCAUCCAGGGUGUUCACACUGCGAGUGCACAGGCCUGCCUGCUGCAGCAAAACCCCACGGCUGUAGUUUAGUUAGCAAAGUAGCAUUAGACAAACAAAACGCCUGAGGAUGAGAUCAUACAUGCACACAAUGUUAAGAUUGUUUUCAUCUCACAAAGCCAGGAGGAUUUAUUAUUUCUGUUUUAUUAGAUUCUGUCACAUGUGAGAACAGAAACACACAGAGGCUGCUGGGUGUGAAAAUCCUUUUUGUUUCACUUUUAGGAGUAAAAAUGCACAACUUGAAGAAGAAGCAACAAACAAAACGCACCAGAAUAAGAAAUGAUUCGGAUUCUGGGCGCCUGAUCAAAUCUGACAAUCUUAAAGGGACAGUGACGGGAAAUCUUUGACCUUUACACAAAAAGAACGUCGCAACAUUUCACUGUUUCAGCCAUCGAUGAUUAUAUAUAUAAAACCUGCAGCAAAUUCUCAAUCUGACAGAUUAAUCUGCAAAAACACAAAAUCUUACCAAGUAAUUUUGUCUAGUUUCUAGUGUAAAUAUCUUAGUAAACUUUCAGAAAG